CCAGCUGAUUGUGUUAAUUUCACUUCAACGCACCAAAACAUCUUCUGAGAGAUUUGGCUCAACACUGUCCCAAAGAGGCCAGAGUCCUUCCUCUGGACAAGCAAUAAUCAAACAUUUCAUCUGUGAGAUCGUAGGAUCACAACCAGCUGCACACCAGUGGACAGAUCAGUUGUUUUUCAUUGUUUUAGUCCAGUCCUUCAAAGAGUCUCCACCAGAUUUCAUCAUUUUGAUCAAGACAUGGCUUGGGAAUGGAUCAAGACUUUUGUUUAUUUGUCUAUGUGUGUCACCUCUGCUGUGGGUAAUAAGCAAGCAUCCCAAAAGAAGUGUGCUGACUUCAACAACACCACUUGGCAGCAAUACAGACAGGGCACCAAGCUCAGGGUUCAGUACUUUCUUUUUACACGAAAUAAUGCAGACUGUGCCAGCCUCUUCACACAGGACUGCCUCAACCAAACCCAGAAACACACGGCUUACUUCAACUCCUCACUCCCCACCAAAGUCAUAGUUCACGGAUACAGGCCUUUGGGCAGUAAGCCUUCUGGGAUGAGUGACUUAGCCAAGGCUCUACUGCGAGAAGAGGACCUUAAUGUUCUGGUGGUCGAUUGGGAAUUUGUAGCCUCCUUUGCUUAUAACCUGGUGGUAGAGAACUACAAGGAGGUGGCAGUGCAGAUUUCAGAGCUCAUCAAUAAGCUUAUGAAACAUGGAAGCACACUAGAAUCUUUCCAUUUCAUUGGUAUGAGUCUUGGAGCACAUGUGUCUGGAUUUGUUGGGACCCAAUUUGAAGGCAAGCUGGGUCGAAUUACAGGUCUGGACCCAGCAGGCCCGAUGUUCAAGAAGGCUGCUCCAUUUGAUCGUCUGGAUUCAUCUGACGCUUUAUUUGUUGAGGCCAUUCACACUGACUCUGACCAGUUUGGUAUAUCUAUUCCUGUUGGGCAUGUGGACUUCUUCCUAAAUGGUGGAAUGGACCAGCCAGGUUGUACACAUUUAGACCUUGGUUCAAUGUAUGAUUAUGUCACUUGUGACCACAUGAGGGCACUGAGUGUCUACACGAGUGCCCUGAACCGCUCCUGUUCGCUUACUGGUUUCCCCUGCUCCAGCUUUGAGAAAUUUCUGGCAGGAAAAUGCAUCACCUGUGAGGGCCCCUUCACUGGCACGUGCCCACAGAUAGGCUUGUUAAAGAGUGGGAUAACAGUGACUCCCCUGCUAAAUCAUGAAAAGGUCUAUCUCCUGACCACUGCUACGGCUCCUUAUUGUGCACAUCACAUCUUAGUGGAAUUGAGGGUUUCCCCUUUAGACAAGAGUGCUGAUAUUCAGCUCACCCUGAUCACCGUGGGACACCCUGAGACCGAGCUCAAACUCAAACUAAAUAAGGAUGAAAUGGUGUAUAAAAUGGUGACUGCACACCCGGCACAAUUGUGUAAAAUUGAUUCAGUGCAGGUGAAAAACACAGGAGCACGUUUCUUCAGACAAGGAGAUAUUCAAUUUGCCUAUAUCUGCAUCUCUGAAAUUCCUCAAACCAGAGGGCUGGCUCCAUUAUGUGUGAAGAACAUUAAUAUUGGACGGGGGGGACCAUGGUCACGUGACUUUGUACAGCUUUGGGGUGUCAGUAGGGACCAUAGGAGCACAUCCUCUUUGGAAUCGAAGUCUUUCUGGAGUAUCAUUCUCUGUUAGAUGUAUGGAAAAAGGUGACACAUUAAAAUGUCAUUGGGAACACUGCAAUAAAUCACAUAAAUAAUUGUAACACAAUCACAUCUAAAGGCAUGGUUUUUAUCCAUCAGUGUAGUUCUCAUAUUGUUUUCUAUAGCACAGGCUGUAUUUCUGGACAUGAUCCAUGUAUCUCAUUCCUUUGGAAACAAGCAUGUGAAGGAUGUGUCUCAAAUAACAGUGGAACCCUCCUCCCACAACUGCCCCACUGUCCAGUACCCUACAAAGUGCAAUCUAGUCCUUGUUGGCAAAGCUAAGUAUUUCAAGAGGGAGGAGUGCUGGAUAGACAGACUUGGUAUGUUUGGAUCCCUGGAUGUCCCAAACCCUUUCAUCCAGCCUCCGGCACAAGUGUAUGUAGUAAAAUGAAACCAGCCUUCUCCUAAACAUAGAAACCUAUGUCAAAAAAUAUCCUAGGACAGAAUCUCUCACCCAAGGAAGCCCUGUCCUCUUACCAGAAUGGACAUACAGUAUAUGUUAAAUGAGGGCAUACCAUUGACUUUCUGUUGUUUAUUUGAGUUAAACAAUGAUUUGAAGUUAAGAGUGAUAUUACAGAACCCUAUACACAAAUCAUUGUAGAAAUAAUGUUAAUUGCAUGAAAUCAUGAAUGAAUAGUAUGAAUAUAUUAAUAAUAAUGCCUACAAUGUGAUUUUAACUACAUUUUAAAUAAAUAGCAUUAU